AUGUUCAGUCUCUCAGCUUUCCGCUCUGCGCUCACUCUCUCGGCCACCCAGCCUAUGCGUGCUAUGUCUGUCAAGGCCGCUGCUGCCUCGGCAACAACCACGACCAAGGCCAAGAAGGAGUCAACCACCACCGCCAAGAAGGCCGCCUCCACCAAGGGCAAGGCCACCAAGAAGGAGGCUGCCAAGCCCAAGGCUAAGAAGGUUGUCCCCGCCAAGCCCAAGAAAGUCGAGGCCCUCUCUAUGCCCAAGCGUCCCAGCACUGCUUGGGGUCUCUUCUUUGUCGAGCACUUGGACAAGGUCAGGGCUUCAGGAAAGGCUGUCAUCCCCACCACCGAGACCGUCGUUGCAUCUGCCCAGUGGAAGCAGCUUUCUGAUGCCCAGAAACAGGUUUACAAGGACAAGUACAGCGCCAACUUGGUUGAAUUCAAGAAGAAUACCAGCAAGCGUUUGGAAGAAUUGACUCCCGAGGAGUUCAAGAUCGAGAAUGCUCGUCGUCAGGCUCUCCGUGCUGCCGGAAAGCGUGGUCUCCCUUCGCUCAAAGACCCCAACGCACCUAAGCGUCCUUUGAGCUCGUUUUUCAGCUAUGCACAGGACCAGCGCAAAGAGGGCAAUUUUACUAAUCUCCCCAUCAAGGAACAGGCCAAGGCCAUUGCAGAGAGCUGGAGCAAGGCCCCAGAGCUUGAAAAGUCUCGCUAUUCCGAGCUUGCGCGUGAGGCCAACGAGAAAUACAAGGCUGAACGCGCAGCCUACCUCGCCUCCAACCCCUAA